AUGCAGUACAAGCAAUUGAAUGAAUUACUACAAACUUAUAGAUCGGAAGAGAACGGUAAUUGUGGAUUCAGGGUUCUUGCUUUCCCCUGUAAUCAAUUUGGUCUUCAAGAGCCGGGGGAGAACGCAUAUGAAAUUUUAAAUGGCCUGAAAUAUGUUCGUCCAGGCCAUGGUUUCGAGUUAGAUCGUAAUCUAAAAAUGAUGCAGAAAAUUGAAGUGAAUGGGAAAAAAGAAAACAAAAUAUUCACGUUUCUCAAGGUAAGUCAGAGCCUAGCUAGUUUAUGAUUAUUUUUAGAAGGAUUCGACGAACUAUAUCGAGCAGUUAUUAAUUAUUAAUUUACUUGAAAUGAGAGGAAUGGCUGGGAUGAUCUGAUCAGAGUUCAACUGAAACCUUGUAAAAGUUCUUCACAAAGAUUAGUGCAGUACGGGAAAGGAAAAUUCCAUUAUCUCUUUCCUUUCGUUCUUAAAAAAUGUAAUCAAACUGUGUUCAGUAGCUGCCCCAUCUACAAAGUAGAUGUACCCGUUAUUUUCCAUCAGUCUCUGAAGGGGUUUUUCAAAGCAGGAGAAUCUCAAAUUUGCGUGCGUUUUUAAUGUCGGCUCACAUUACCUCCUUCAAAGUGAAUAUAAAAUAAUUUAAAUUUUUUUUUGUUAAGCUAUUCGAACACUGCUUGAAAAUAAUUUCAUACAGUGAUUGGCAUUUAGCGGCGAUCCUUAGUCUAUUUUAACUGAAUGCACGUUUUUAAAAUAUAACAAUAGUCUGCGAAACACAAGAAAAAACAUUGUGUGAGAGAGCUAUUUCGGUUGAAAUUUUCUAGUCUGAUCUUUUUUCUACAAAUUUCAAUAAUCUGAGACUGUAUAUGUGACUGAACUGUUUAAAAGGGCCGCACAAACCAUCAUACUUUAUUACGAUCACAUCUGUUAAGACGAAAUUUAAGCGAUUCAUGAGACAAAACAAGACGAGCUGUCUUCAAAACUGAAUUCAAUUUGAAAUAGCUUUAAUCUUAGAAAACGAUUUGAAGGCAGUAGGCAUAGUUAAGAACAGCUUUUUUCGCUUUGCUGUGUUUUUUAGUAUGUUUGUUGUCUUCGCUUCGAAAUAGGUGGACAAUAUACUUUAAUUUAGUCAUCUUCAGUUGAAAAACAUGCUCAAAUUUCCCAUGCCACCAAGAUACUAAUGGGAACAAGUUAAAAAUAUAUAUAUUUUCCAAUAAACAAUAUCAGUUCUCGCUAAACGCCCACUUUAUCAAGUAGUCACUGCGAGAGAAUUGAAGUUGCAAUGAUUUUGGCAUUGAUAGCAAUGGAGAGAUGUCUCGUGAACUACUUGUUCUUUGGCUGAGAAAAUGAAAAUUGAAUCAGCAACAACCAGAGGAUAGGCUUCUGUUAAGCUUGUUUUGUUUAUUAUUUAGUUGGCAAGUCAUAUCACGUUUGUUGAAAAAGAAAAAACAGAAUUCUUUCAUAUUUUGAGAAAUCCACGAGGAUGGGAAUUUAAAAAAGCGUUAAGAUCACAAGAAUAAAAGACCAAUUUCCUCAAUCACAUCAAACAGAUAAUAAAUACCAAGGGGACCAAGCGGAGUCCGAUUCCGUCGGCAAUCAUACGUGUCAUUAAAAAAAAAGCUGGUAGACAGUAAAGCAGGUGUCCAAUUGAUUUAAAUCUUUAAAGUAGAAAUCCAUAUCCAAGAAGAUAAAGUAAAGACCUUGAAACAUUUACUGUAUUCUUCAAUCAAAUGGUACCUCAGAGAAAUAAGAAGAAAAAAAAUAGGAAUAUGAUUAAGUGACUAUAUAAAUUACGAAGCUUGAGAACUAAAUUGAUAGUUCUGUCCAAAUUUUUUGUUUUACAGAGCCGAUGUCCUGCACCGGAUAACUUUAUUGACGAUGCUGAUAAAAUAAGUUGGUCACCAGUUAGAAACGAUGAUAUAACAUGGAACUUUGAGAAGAUUCUUAUUGACCACAAGGGGCAGCCAUAUCGUAGAUACACACCCACAGUUGAACCGAAAGAAAUUACUGAGGACAUCGAAAAACUUAUUAAACAAUGUGAGGACGAAACUAUUACAAAAUAA